CAAUAUUAAUAAACACUCUAUAACUAUCUGUCUCGUGUCGCGAGUACAAAACUGUCUGACUUAUCAGAGUUGUAUUAUUUAUUUUAAGGUACUAACAAAUUAAUACUUACAUUGAAUACAAAAUGAUGUAUUUUAGUUUAAAGUAUAUAUUUUUAUUAAUAAUAAUUGCAAAUGAAUGUGUUUCUAAAACUAUAAAUCAAGAUAAUUUAGAGUUAAAAUUUGUUUUCAUAUUGAUGAGACACACAAAUCGCGCACCGCUGAUCCGGUACAAAAACCAAACGGACCAGAUACCCUGGCCCCGAGGCUUAGGCGAGUUGACCGAUCAGGGCAUUUGGAAUGCGUAUCGAGCAGGUCAAGCUCUGCGUGAACGGUACUUGGGCUUCUUACAUCCCCUGCAGCGGUACACGCCUUCUGAAAUCGACGUGUCCUCUACAAUGGUUGACAGAUGUUACCAGACCGCAGGCUAUUUACUGGCCGGAAUGUAUCCGCCCAACGAAGAGCAGACUUGGAAUAAAGACUUGAAAUGGCAGCCCAUACCGAUCAAGACGAGUAUGUCAAAAGACCACCAGGAAUUUACAGGAGAUCCAAGCACGUGUCCAAAGUAUGCUAUGGAAUUACAUGAAAUUAGUGAAAAUGCUUUAAAAACCGAAAAGAUAAAAAAAUUAAUUAAGUAUAUGAAAAACUACACAUCAAAUCCAUUAAAUACGCUUUAUGAUGUAUUAAAAGUAGCAGAUGUCAUUAUGACACAACAUAUGGCAAACCAUCCAAUUCCUGAUUGGGCAUUAGAACGAUAUACUGAUAUUGAAGAGUAUAUAUUAUAUUCUAUGACCAUAUUAGCCGAAACAGAUCAAAUGAAACUUUUAUAUUCAGGUGAAAUGUUAAAUGAUGUGUUAACACGAAUGGAAGCAUCAAUAAAUAAGUCACCAAACGCAAAAAAAAUAUAUUUACAUGUAGGUCAUGAUUCAACAAUAGUUCCUUUUCUGAAGACACUAAAUAUAAAAAAUAUAACAUAUCCACUUUAUGGAGCUGCUGUUGUAAUGGAAUUAUAUGCAACAAAUUCAAAUGAAACAGUUGUAAAGCUACUAUACAACAGAAACUAUGAAUGGAAAGAAUCAAACAUUGAGUUAAUUGAAUUACCAGGUUGUCCACAGCCAUGUCGACUAGAAGAUUUGCGCACACUCACACAACAAAUGAUACCUCGUAAUUUAAUUGAAGAAUGUAAAAAUUAAAAAUAUUAAAUUGUAUGAAACACCGCUUAAGUUUAGUUUGAAUUAUGUGUACUUUGAAAUUAAAUAUUCAGUCUGUCUUAGA